CGUGUCUCACACAAUGUUGGAGCACUUGAGUUUAGUUUUCGUGUGGCUGCUGCUGUUGGGUGUUGCCUGGAGUCCAGUGAAUGGCGAAUAUUACUCUUCCGUUGACAAGAUGCAGAUGUUGGGGGAAGUCGAGUUGGAUCUCGUCACUGCCACGCAUCUGUAUUUGACGGAGCGCCAAGAGCAGCUUAACGUGAUGCGCAGCUUCGUGGAUCGAGUGAAGCUGGAGCAUGCAGCCAUCAGGCAAGAGUUGUUGCAGGAUGCGGAGUACCUGGAACAGCCGCUGCAGGCUUUCAGGCUGAUCAAGCGCCUGGUCGUCGAUUGGCCAGUACUACACGACUCGCUGGCUGCAAGCCAGAAGCAGCUCCGAGAAGAAUAUGCCAAAUUAGUGAAUGAAACAGGUGAGGCGCAAGGCCUACCAAAUCAAGAGGAUCUUAAGGGCGCCGUCAGGGGCUUGCAGCGACUGCAGAGCGUCUACAAUCUCACGGCAAGCGACAUGGCCAACAGCUCGUUGUUCUGGAAUGAUUGCCUCGAGAUUGGCGUGCAGCUCUAUGAGCAGGCCAACUACCGGAGCGCCCUCGAGUGGCUGCUGCUGGCUGCCAAAUUGGUCGAUCAAAUCGAGGACGAGAAUGCACAGGGAAUGCGCGCACAGGUCUACGAAUAUUUGGGCAUGACUUACAUGGAGCUGGGCGAAAAGCAAAAGGCAGUCGAGACAUUGAGGGAGCUGCUUUCUUCGCUUUCACCAGACACGGCCCAUCCAGUGCGCUUUCUACUCGAUGACGUGGAGGACACUGAGCCGAAGUGUCCCAAGGAGCUGGGCGAGGCGUACUGGUAUGCUAACUUCUCGCGUCUGUGCCAGGGCAAGCGGCUGCCAGAGCCCGGCUCAUUGAGCUGCUAUUUGGACUUUGAACGUCAUCCGCGAUUCAGGCUCUCGCCGUUGAAGGUGGAGCAGGCGCAUCUGAAUCCCGACAUACAUAUCUACUACGACGUGCUGACCGAUGCUCAAAUAGAAACCGUCCUGGAUUUGGCCAAUCAACUGGAAAGUUUUCGCUCCAAGGUGGUCGGGGAGGUGAUAACAGAGACUCGCGUUAGUCAACAGGUUUGGCUCAAUUACACCAGCCCCAUCAUGAGAACCAUCGGCAAUUUGCUUGGUGCUAUUUCUGGCCUAGAUAUGACAAAUGUCGAGGAGAUGCAGGUGGCCAACUAUGGCAUUGGGGGUCAAUACUUCCCGCAUUUCGAUUACAUAUCCAAGCUGCGCGAAGAUUACAUAGCGAGAGGCAAUCGCAUCACCACGAAUAUGUUCUAUCUUUCAGAUGUGCUCCAAGGCGGCUAUACGGUGUUUCCCUUUCUCAAUGUAUUUCUGAGGCCCGUGAAAGGCUCCUUGGUUAUUUGGCCCAACGUACACAGAUCCCUGGCACCCGACUCCCGUGUCCUACACGCAGGCUGUCCCGUUCUGGAGGGCAGCAAGCGCAUCGGCAACAUUUGGAUACAUUCUGCUCAGCAGGAGUUCCGUCGUCCCUGCACGCUCGUAUCGACUGAGUAAAGUGCUGCUGCCUUGGCA